AUGGUCGUAGCUUAUCUUCCCCAGUCUGAGAAGGAAGACCAUGAUGAUCAUCCGCAUCUAGAGCCGCAUAUCUCCUCGUUCGCCGGCCGGCUCGGUGGUAACCAGGAUUUUGUCCUUGACCGGAAUGACCCCAGGAAUGUCGAAUUGCUGGAGAAGGUGCCCGAUGCGGCUCCGUGCAUGACGUUCGCCGAGAUCUUCGAUCUGAAGGGCUUCUAUAGUCUAGAUCUAUGGAAAUUCGCGAUGCUGGAAUGCGUCGCGAGUAUGAUGAAUGUCUUUAUCUCCUGUUGGGUUACUACGCAUCCCAUGGCGGCUACGACCUAUCCCACGGCUGGGGCUGGUAUCUAUGAUACCGUUACCUUUUUCUCGCCGCUGUUCGGAGGCAUCACCAAUCUCCUCAUGACUCCACUAUUGAUUUACACCUUUGGCGCGUCGAGUGGAGGCCAUAUCAGCCCGACCAUCACAAUGGCGUGUUUCUUUGCGCGGAUCAUCUCCUUCCCGCGGAUGAUCCUAUACAUCGCUGGGCAAACGCUGGGCGGUGCUCUUGCGGGAUUCGCGCAAAACACGGCCUACGGUAACCGGAAUUUUACCGUAGGAGGAUGCCACAUCGAUACGAGCUUUGUGGCACCGAAGGAUGGUCUGGUCAUUGAGUUCAUGGCCUGCCUGAUUGUGAUUUUCCUGGCUUUCGGCGUCGCCCUUGACCCUCGUCAAGCCAAGGUCUUCGGUCCUGCCGUUGGCCCGUGGUUUGUGGGUAUUGUUGUGGGAGUGGUAUGCUGGGCAACCGCUUUCACUCGCGAGGGAUACAUUGGAGCGAGUCUUAACCCGGCGCGGUGCUUCGGGGCCUAUGUGGCGUCGGAAUUUCCCACUUAUCAUUGGAUCCACUGGGUUGGACCAUUGGCGGCCUCUAUCGCGCACGGUCUGGUGUACUUUGUUGACCCACUUUGGACCGAGACGCGGAGUUCGCCGUGA